AUGUCUGUCAGUUCAUUAUUAAUUCUGUCACAUAACAUAAGCAAUUUAUUAGCUUCAUUGGGAAUGAGUCUUUUUAUGAAUGCUAUUUUCUUGAAUAUAUCUGCUGGUUUUAUUUCUGGAGGCGGUGGAGAAGGAAGUGGCGGGGGUGGUGGGGAAGGCAGUUCUUCCCUUCUCUACAAUAUAAUUUACCAUAUAAAUAAUGUUAAUUGGAGUGUGUUAAGUAUUGUUUUACUAAUAUAUACAUUGAAAGGGCCCUAUGAUGUUCACUCUAUUAUUCAAGAAAUUAAAGAUCAAUUAUUACUUAACGAAAAUAUUUGGGAUAAUAAUGAUGAGAAAAAAUUAAGGUUUUGUGAACGCACAAAAAAUUUAGUUGAACGAAUCGAAGGAAUUAAAAUUCAUAGAAUUGAUCAACAAUUAUUUAAUUUGGUAUUUAUUGCGCAAAUGGUGUUAUUGUGGUUACUUGUUGCUUAUUCUAAAUAUUCUAAAAAAUAG